AUGCCUCAUGGCCGAACACUUCAACCUACGUCAUCGCCAGCACAGUCAACAACACCAUCAAUAGAGUCGGAGCAUUCCGUUGUUAAAGCAGCAGAGUCAGAUCAUGCUGCUGUUGAAGCAGAAGAGCCUGUACUCGACAAUGCUGAGCGUGAGACUCUGUUAGGCAUCCGAGCGUGUAUUGAGUCUUUGGUUAACAACGAAAUCAGGAAGACGGAGGUUGCAGACGCCAUGGCUAUCAUUGGGGUGUUUGCACCAUCAAUGUCAACAAGGAGGAUGGAAGAAGCGUUCUCCAAGAAGCUUCUGCGUGCACUCGCAAAAUCGACUGCCGAGCUCCCCGAGGUGGAUUUUGACGACAGUGCUAUGAUGAAAGCUGUUCGGUCUCUAAUCGGAGAAUUCUUAUUCGAACUGUUUCGGAUGCUAAUCUGA